UGUAGCUGCAAUACACACGCGUUAAGUUUCGAUAAUAAUUGCCUGCGUCAAUACUCUGGGGCUGAAAAUUCGAAAAUUAUCUAAGCUCUCGGAAGCAAACAAAACAAAGCGAUGCAUCUCAUUGUAGAGUUGCUUAUACUAUUGAGUGCGUCAUGUGGAGUUUUAUCUAGCCAACUGGACACGGUUUACGAAUGGAAUUACAUCGAAUAUCAAUGGCCAUCGACCUUGGCCAGACAACAAGCCAUCGACAAUGGAACUUAUCAUUUUGCUCGUGUCCUACCCAUGGAUGUGGACGUGUCGAGAGAUGGUCGAGUUUUCGUGUCGUUCCUCGGCAUGGACGGAGUACCCGCCACCUUAGGUGUAGUGAGCAACCAGAGAGGACCGUCCGGGCCGCUAAUUCAACCUUAUCCGAACUUUGGGUGGUUCGAGCGAGGAAGCUGCAAUGCCAUUCAAAACGUCUACCGAAUAGCGAUAGACGAAUGUAACAGGUUAUGGGUAUUGGACACGGGAUAUCUAGAAAAUACACAGCCUUCUUGCGAAGCUCAAUUGCUCGUUUUCAAUCUCAAUACCGAUCAGCUGAUCGCGCGUAUAAAAAUUCCUAACAACAUCGCAAGAAACAGCGAGGGCGACACUCUACUUGCGAAUCCCAUCAUUGAAACGUACGGCUCCAAAUGCGAAGAUACCACGGCAUAUUUGGCCGAUCCAGUAGGCCGAGGUCUGAUCGUCUGGAAGAACGGCCGACUGACGCGCUUGGAAAACCCCAUCUUCAAUCCGAAUCCCAACGCCACCAACAUCGUCGUCGGCAAUCGCAACAUGACCCUGAGAGGCGGCAUCGUGGCGAUGGAUCUGUCGCCGCAAAUAUUUCCCGGCGAGUCGCGCUUCCUCUACUUCCACUCGAUGGCGUCUUACGAUCUCUAUUACGCGGAUACGGCGAGCUUGAAGAGAGCCAAUUCGGGUAGCGAACUUCGUUUUCAGGGUCAACAGAAUCUGCUGCCGAGCAAUGCCCCGGCGCAUGCCUUCGCCUCGGACGGCACUCUGUUCACCGGCUUGACCAGAGAGAUCGCCAUAGCUUGCUGGAAUCGUUACAAUCCCAUGAGGCGGGACAAUGUGCAAAUAGUGGCACAAGACAGAGAGCGUCUGCAAUACGUCAACGGCUUGAAAGUGAUACCGGCCACGAGACAGGGACAGCAAGAGGAACUGUGGGUCAUCGCCAACAGAUUUAUUGCCUUUCAGCAGAGCGGCUUGGACGUUAACGAUGUCAAUUUUCGCAUAAUGAAGAAGCCCGUAAAAGAACUGACUCGGGGCACGAAAUGCCAAUUGCCCCGCCAGACGCAGUCGAAUCUCCAAGACAUCACCAACCAAAAUAAUCCCCAGCUCAAUUUUAAUAAUAAUAAUGAAAGAAAGAGAACAUUGCACUCACGGCACCAAAUAAAAAAGCUCGACGUAUUUAUCUAUUUUACAGCCAUGAAGGCCCGAACGACGACUAAUGCUAUGCUGCUGUGCGCCUGUAUUUUUGCCAUUACUUUGACCAAUGUCUCGGCGCGGGCGAGACUCGACACAAUUUUUGAAUGGCGAUACAUAAAUUACACGUGGGACUCCGAUGCACAGCUGCAGGAUUUCAUGCGAAAAGGAUAUUACGAGCCCGCGCAAAUUUUACCCAUGGACGUGGAUGUGUCCAGAGAUGGACGAGUAUUCAUAGCCAUGGGUGGCAGAUCCGUGGGCGUCUCCGCGACACUCGGCGUCGUGACGAAUGUGCAGAGCCCUUCGGGGCCGCUGAUCAUGCCCUAUCCAAACUGGUCAUGGUUCGAGAAGGACAACUGCAAUUCUCUCACGAACGUGUAUAGGAUAGCGAUAGACGAGUGCAACAGAAUGUGGGUGCUGGACGCAGGAUUUUUAGAAAUACCCGCUGGCACCAAAAACGUUUGUGAAGCGCAAUUGGUUGUCUUCGAUCUGAACACCGAUACCCUCCUCCAAGUCAUCAAGAUACCCGACAGUAUCUCGAAAAACCAACUCAAAGUCGGCAUGCUGGCUAAUCCGAUCGUCGAGACCUCGGGACCUCAAUGCGAAUAUACGACUGUUUACAUGGCAGAUGUGCUGGGAGAAGGUCUCGUCGUUUACAACGACAACAAGAUCUACCGUCUGUCGCAUUCGUCCUUCCUCUACGACGACUCGCUCGUAAACGUGACGACGGGCAAGCACAGAAUGACCCUCGGCGGCGGCAUCCUUGGAAUGGAUCUCUCGCCAAGGCUCUUCCCCGGUGAGGCGCGUCACCUCUACUAUCGUCCGCUCGUCUCGCUCGACCUGUUCGCGGUGCACACCAGCCAGCUGCGAGGCAAAGAGAUCCUGUCCGGUAUACCGUUCGCCACCUCGACCUCGGCCAAGAACAUCCUCACGAGUCACGCGGUGGGGCAGGCCUUCUCGUCCGAGGGUACGCUCUUCCUCGGUAUGACUAAAGAAUUGGCCAUCGGCUGCUGGAACAGAUACAGGGCACUGACGAGGGAAAAUUUCGAAAUAAUAGCUCAGGACGACGAGCAAUUGGAGUACGCCAACGGCGUGAAAGUGAUUCCCGUUUCGCGGGUGGGCGCAGUCGAGGAGCUCUGGGUGCUGACGAAUCGCUUCAUUGGAUUCCAGCUGGGCAAGCUCGAAGAGAACGAAGUCAACUUCCGCGUGCUCAAAAAGUCGGUGCGAGAAUUGGUCGAGGGCACGAGAUGCGACCUGCCGGAGUACACCAGAUACGCCUUACAAAAAAUACAGAACGAUGGAACAUUGCUCUUCACUAAUUGAUUAAUUGUGUCGCAUUUAUACACAGUAUAUUAUAAUGUAUUAAGCAAAGGAUGAAAAGAUCGAUGGACUUUCGAUGAUGUAUCGCACGAAUAACUUGUAUUACUACUUUAUAAGCAAUAUAUUGUGGAUCGAUGUGUAUCUUUAGUGUAUGUUAUAAAGUGUAUAAAGUUUCAAUAACGCAUGGCCGUACGUAUCUGUCAAUAAGUAGCGCGUGUACACGCAGUUUUUUACUAAAUACAACUUUGAAAUAAAAAAUCUAACCCGACGAGUAA